AUGUCUCAUUGUCAUCAUAAACGUCGACGACAUCAAUCGCGCUCACUUGUACAUAAUCGAGACUCACAGCAAGAUCGAAAUAAUCAUCGAUCAACAGGUUAUGAUAAACAAGCUGAUUUUCACGAAUGUCAUCAUUAUUCUAUUCAACCAAAUAGACAAUAUUCUUAUUUUCAUCCACCUGUUCUGGCUACGACGAUUAAUGAAAUUAUUCAUGAUGCUGAAAAACAUCCACCUAUUGUUCAAACGUUAAUUCGUGAAUUAUUGCUAGAACGAAAAAAACGGCAAUUAAUUGAAAAUAGAUUAAAUAUGCGUGAACAUGAUUAUGCACAUUUACAUGCUCAACAUGAAGCAAUAGGUAAUAAUCUGGCAUUAUUGAAACAUGAUUAUGAUCAAUGCCGACUUGAUUUAAAAGCACGUUCUAUUGAAUUAAAUGAACUACGUCAUCAUAAUCAUCAAUUAAGAGUACAUGUCGAUCAACUUUUAAUUGAUGAUGGACAACAGAUGAAUAUCAAUAACGAAAUGUUCUAUUCAAAACGUCAAAGAAAAUAUUAG